GCAGAGGCAUACAUUCUGGAGGAGGUGGCGAACUUCACAACAACAUACUAUGGUGACAACCUCCCUAGCGUGCAUAAUCCACCCCCUCGUUACAAUGCUGGCGAAAAUGAAUCGAACCUCAGCCUUUUCCGAGGCCAACUCGGAAGCGCAAGUGCAUCGACCCCCAAGACCUUGAAUCAUGAAGAGUGGCGCCAUAUCAUGCUAUACGUGUUGACCAACCUUGACGAAGUGGCGCCGUACAUGCAGUAAGUUCUCAACGAACUUGUUAAAUACGCCGUCACUAUUCUGCAUCCAACCCCCUUGUUUCUCGUUGGUACAGGGAAUUUCUUCAUGAAUUCUGGCGUCAAUCAAGGGAUCCUACCCCGCAGCAGGUAGAUACCCUUCUUAGACAGGGUGCGGGAAAUGGAAUGCCCGAUUUCAUUUCUUGGUUCAAACGGAAGGGCCAGAGGGAUGCGUCUAUGUGUGCCGAGUUGAGACAGGUUGCCGAUGGCUUUGCCUAUAGGGUCAGGUCAUUUUCUGGUUAUGACGUGAAUGGAUAUCGCUUUCGCACAACAAGCUACGAGCAGAGUCGGCCCAAUCGAAGAACCACAAGUUCCGGAGUUUUUACGCCCGGCGUUGAUGAGGUCGAGUAUUAUGGAAGAAUUGAAGAAAUAUACGAACUCAAGUUUCAUGGUUCCAAACCUUUUAAUCCCGUCAUAUUUAAAUGCCAUUGGUUUGAUCCUGAAGUAACGAGACGGACAUAUUGUAAUCUUGGGCUAGUCGAAAUUCGACAGGAUUCCGUCUUACCAGGAGACGAUGUCUAUAUUGUGGCCCAACAGGCCACGCAAGUUUAUUAUCUCCCAUAUGCGUGUCAAACCAUAAGGCAUCUUAAGGGUUGGGAUAUUGUGCACAGGGUAUCGCCACACGGUAAAGUGCCUGUCCCAAACGAUGAAGAUUACAACUUAGACCCAAACACAUAUGACGGAGAGUUCUUUCAAGAAGAGGGACUAGAAGGGAGGUUUGAGAUAGACUUAACCGAAGCGAUCGGAAUGGAAGUAGACAAUGAAACGGUUAUUGAAGAGGACGUUGGAGAUGAGGUGCAAAAUGUGAAGGACUUACAAAUGCUUGAGCGAUUACAUUUAGACAAUGACAAUGGCAACAUUGCUCAUUCGGAUAGUGUUGAUUAUUUCGACAUGAUUGAUAGUGAUGAUGAGACUUAUGAUCCAGCUAAUCCCGAUCAUGAAGAUUAUUUCUAAUACAUGUAAUACUAUGUUAUUUUGUAAUUACGUUUUGUUUAUUUUGCAUCUCUUUCUAAGUACUUCUUGUUUAUCUGUGCUUAUUGGUUUAC